AUGGCAGAUUAUCAACGUGUACCACCUGCAACCGCGAUGGACUUCUCGAACACCAUUCCGAAUUUUCCGCAGAAGAACGGCACAUAUGAUACACAGUAUAGCUUGAACUCGUCGGGAAGCCCCUCAUUUUCCAACCCAGGGCCACAAAGGACGGAAUCAUGGUUCUCAGUCAAUUCGCUCUUCGGGCGGAGAGGCCAGCGAAAAUCCUUCGCCAUCUCGGAUGCCCCGUACACACACAAGCUCACAGAGAAGCAUCUGCAGCACACGCCGUCCCAGUCGAAUACCGUACGGUUCUUUGACCGCAAGCGGCAGACUCGUCGUGUCUUUCUCGACUGUUUUUAUAUGUGGUUGAUCACAGCCGCCAUAUGUGCUGCUCUUGCUGGAACUAUUGCCGGAUUCUCAAGUCUGAACACCGGACUAACUUCUGGACAGAAGUAUGCAUAUAAUGCCUUGGUCACGGGGUUCUCGAUCCUUCUGGGUCUGGCUUUCGCCGCACAGUUCAAGCAGUAUUGCGAGAUGAUGCGGUGGAGAUUUCUUGCGUCAUGCUAUCGCACGAUCGAUGAUUUCGAAGACAUAAUGAGCUGUGAUAGCUGGCGGACCACCUUUCGCCUGAUCUUCAAGGGUCGAAGUGUGAAGGCACAAUGUCUUGCACUGAUCUGGUUGAUGAUCUUCAUUGCAUUCAACGUCUUUAUCGCGUUGAUCGGUCUGACAUAUUCGAUCGAUGUGACUCCAGACUAUGCGAUGUUGUCUGCAGGCAAUGUUUCCGUUCUCGACCUUUCGUACAUCGCAAGUACACCGCAAGACGAUCCAUCAAAUUACAAUGUAUUCUACCAGGAGGCUGCAGCAAACAAUUGGGGUGCCGUUGGUCAAGCCUUUUCGUACUGGACAAACCAGACUAUCGAUGAUGUGUGGGCUCCGUUGGAUCCUGUUUCCUACACAAAUGAGGCGCAAGAUACAUGGUGGUAUCGCUUUAUAGACCUCUCUCCAGAUACGACUUCCGGCAACAACGUUGUCUCACCACGCACCGUGAAUACGACAGCAACAUGCGAAGAGCUCGAGAUCCUUGUCGGCGGCUAUGCCGGUUUCAACCGCGAGCCGGGCGAUCCUGACCAGUUCCUGCUCGUUUGGAAGGAUUCAAGCGGUGUCAAUCAAUCUUCCGUCAUCAACAACGUCGCCACCGGAGUAACAACGUGGAUGACUAACGAGACGUCCAUCUCCAACAGCACAUUCUUCCCCUCACCUUGCGGUGAGCGAUGCGUCCAGAUUCUCGCUCUGCAGUCAGCGAGUAACCAGACUGCAGACGAGAGCCCUGAAGAGCUAGCGCAGGAAUACGUUCCCAGACCACGACUUUGGGCCUGUAACAAUACACUGUCACAAGUCACUCACGACCCCUCGGAAGGCUUUACGAACGUCAGCAAAGUCGAGAUACCCAACACACAAGCCCAAAUUCUUGCAGGUGCCAUUGGACUCACCGGCAUUACAACCAAGGACGACCCGCUUCAGUACGCCCGGAUUGCGGGCGACAACGGCUUCAACCCCUCGGGCGAUUACAAUGCCACAGACAUCGCAAAGUUGAUCAUGAUUUAUACCGCCAACACGAUCAGCGCGAUGGACGGCCGUGGGGCUCCACGACAGAACAUCACCGGAGAUGCAUCGCCAGGACCUGCGCAGAUUGUUAAUGUCAAGUGGCCGUACGCAGGUGCCAUCCUGGCAGGUGUCCCAGUCAUUCAGUUCCUGAUGCUACUCGGUGUAGUUGCCUUCAGCUCCAAAGCGAUUAUUCUCGACCCUUCAUAUCUCACGGCGGCCCAUCUCCUUCACCCGGUCAUGAACAAGCUUGGAGAUAGGGGCAUGCUCCUCGAUGUGGACGAAAUGGCGGAAGAGUUCGGGCCAGACUACAAGAUCGCCUACGCUGUGCGACCCAAUCCUGAGGAUCCAGGUCAUCAUGAUCAAGACUUUGUACGUGAUCUAGGCCUGGUCCGCGAGGACGAGGGCUUUGGAUAUAUCCGAGGUAAUCAGCCUACUGGCAGGUACGACUGA